GCCUCGCAGCCCAGCGCGGUGCCAGCCCCGGCCGGAGGAGGGGGGUGACGUGCGGCCGCCGCAGGAGGCCAUGGCGGGGGCCCCGCCCGCGGCGCCGCGGAGAUUCCUCGGGGCGGGGCCUCCUCCCGCUGCCGCUGCCGCUGCCGCGACCGCGCCGCUCCUGGCCCCGCCCCUAUAUAAGGGACGGCCUCGGCGCGGCUCCCGGUGUGGCCGCCGCCUGUCCCGCAGCCGAGCCGCGUUCGGGCACCAUGGCAGACCAGUCUUUUGUGACUCUAGCCACAAAUGACUCCUACGUGAAAGGAGCGCUGGUACUCGGUUCGUCCUUGCAACGGUACAGAACAACAAGGAAGCUGACAGCACUCAUAACUCCUCAGGUCUCAGAUCUUAUGAGGAGAGUGCUGGAUAAAGUCUUUGAUGAAGUCAUAUUGGUAAAUGUCUUGGAUACCGGGGAUUCAGCGCACUUGGCGUUAAUGAAAAGACCCGAGUUGGGUGUCACGCUAACAAAGCUUCACUGCUGGGAGCUGACACAGUUUUCAAAAUGUGUUUUCAUGGAUGCAGACACAAUGGUUUUGUCAAAUAUCGAUGAGCUUUUUGACAGAGAAGAGCUGUCUGCAGCGCCAGAUCCAGGCUGGCCUGACUGUUUCAAUUCAGGAGUUUUUGUUUACCGACCUUCCGUUGAAACGUACAAUCAGCUGUUACAGUUUGCCACAGAGAAAGGCAGCUUUGAUGGUGCCGAUCAGGGGUUAUUAAACACCUUCUUCAGCAGCUGGGCAACAACAGACAUGAGCAAACAUCUACCUUUUAUUUAUAAUUUGAGCAGCACUUCUGUAUAUUCCUACCUUCCAGCAUUUAAAGCGUUUGGUGCGAAUACUAAGGUGGUGCAUUUCCUGGGGAGCACGAAGCCGUGGAACUACACGUACGACUCCAGAACGAAAAGCAUAAAGGGCAAUAUGGACGACCCUAAAAUAGUUCACCCAGAAUUCCUCAACAUGUGGUGGGAUACCUACAUAGCCGAUGUUCUACCAUUACUAGAACAGCACGGAUAUGUUAAAGAAAUUACCACAGGAGUAAACGUGCUAUCGGGCUUGGUUUAUACUCUGGCUUUCUCUUGUGGCUUCUGUAGAGAGGCAGAAAUUACAGAGGCGGUGUCCCACGUAUCAGUAUCGCCGGUAAUACCAACCGAAUCUUCGGAAGAGCGCAAGGAACGAUGGGAACAGGGCCAAGCUGACUAUAUGGGAGUGGAUUCCUUUGACAACAUCAAGAAGAAACUCGAUACCUACCUUCACUAGAAAUGCCUGUCUCAAACAGUGGUGAUGCAAGGACUUGUUCCAGAACUAACAGCUAGAAAGGUAUAGAUGGUGGUCAGUUACACUUGCAAGUAGCUUGAGGAAAAACUUCUUGGCUGAAGGCCUCUGCAGUGCUACAGAUGAAGACUGAGCAAAAGCUAGGAAGCRGAAUCCUUGGGCCACCUAUUACUGCCCCAUUUCCAAAUCUGCCCACUAGAUAAAACCAGGUAUUUUCAGCUUAAAAUUUCGUCUGUUUUGAUCAAUUGGCUCAACAUAUUCUUAAACUGGGUUUGUUACCUCAUUAAGGUGAUUAGCAUUGAUUCCUUUGCUUGCUGUUUUAGAUGUAAAAUCUAAUUCAUGGGAUUGCUCAUACACUGGAGUGGUAGCCAUUCUGCUUUACCAUAAAUGUAUUAAUGACACUGGGAUAUAUACAGUUGUAACAGUAAUAGCACUGCUUUGCUCUUCCAGUCACAAUUGCACUGAAAUUUUGACCAGGUUCUUACGCACAGUGCCUGCAGCGUGGCAGAAUGCGUUUUUCAGUUCUGUAUACUAUGGGACUAGUAAACUUAGUUUUAUCUGUUCCUCGCAAUGUUGCACUUGAUACAAAAAUAAAAAGUUGUCAUGCAUUUCUGUCUUCCCUAAACUCUUGAGCAAUUAAAAAAAGGGAACUCCAAUGCAGUCUAACUAAAAUGUUCCACAGCUAUUACACUUAAGCUCUGCUAAUGCUACUCAAGCUGUCAUUAGCAAAUGUCCAGCUUUCAGUUUGUAAUUAUUUAGAAGUACUUAGUAAUUCACCAGGGAGCCGUUUAGGGUCAAUCCCCUUAUUACCUUGCCGUAAGUAUUGGACWGAGCAUUGGAGGAAGUACCUGCUGAAGCUACUUGCGUUACUGACUUGAAGUUUGGGAAGAAGGUAUCUUUCUUUCAAGUGACUAAAGAAAYGGCAUCCCUAAUGUAAGCCCUGCACACCAAACUUGGUCUUAAACGCAAUGGAGAUACCACUUUGGUAAAGAAAGAAUACGUAGCUGCUUAAGUACCUGCUCCGAUUGGGGAAAACUACUCUUUCCAUGUGUAAAGAGAGUAAAAGAAAGUGCUUUCCUUGCCACACUCGGGCUACGUGUACUCCAAGACACACAGAAAAGCAUUACAAAUAAAGCAUGCUGAUGACAGAGAUUGGCUGUUACCUGUACUAAGGUUUAGAUCUAUCCGUUAGCCAAAAGUCUAAAYGGAACAAAAUUAAUGUUCUUUGACAGCUAUACCCUGUACUACUCCAGAAACACUGAGAAAAUACUACUUCAUUAUUUCACGAUAGAGGAGGACUUUGGCUGGAACCUAGUGAUGGUGCUAAACCUUUAAGCUAGAGACAAAAYAAACAACCGACAAGCUCUCACCAUUAAUUGGUAAAGCAGAAGACAUAAUACCAGUAUAACGGUUAGUCUGUUUUAACUUGUUUUCACUACUUAAUUGCUCUAAGAUUAGUUGGUCACCAUUUAGGAAAAAUGCUGAARGAUGAGGUCCGUACCCAAAUAGCUUGUAGCUACUUGAAAGAACGUAGUAUCUGAGCUGCCAGUUGUAACUAGCCCUUUCCUGUAUGGUUUUUUCUUUUGCYGUGUUUUUGUUUUUAUUUUUUUUAACAGAUAAAUUUGAAGUUGUGUGAAAGCAGGAAGGAUUACUAGUGGCAGUCUGUAAUGACGAGUAUACUUUAUCAAACCAAUAUUGGAGAGUUCUGCAUACUCACAGAAUACUCUACGGAAAAUGAUAAAAUACUCCUUUUAAGCUAAACAGUCUAAAUUUUCUUACCCUUGUCUGCAUUCUCACUCGAGAAUAGGCUUCUUUUUAAGCUUAGUUGGAGACAACCAAGAAAGCAUAAAAGUAUGAUACUUAUUACCUGCUUGAAAAUUUGGUUCAGCAUGUACGUUUUGUUACGUUAAUACAAUAAGAUAAGGAGAGAUGCUGAGUAAGAUGAAAACUGGCAUGUUUACAGUUAACAAAUACAGUUAGUGAGGAAAAAAAAAAACCUGUAAAAAUCAUUGUGUCGUGGCCUCUGUAACUCAGACUAUGAUCAAGUGUUUACCCACAGCCACAGGACAGCGAAAGGUAUGACAUCUAUACCAAAUUCUAUGCAGCUUAUUUUCAAUAAAAUGACCUUUAUGUCAUUAUUUGCCACUACUUCCUUCACAUUUGCUGCAUGCAGCUUCUGCAGAAAAGCGGAGAUCCCUUUUUAUCAUUUGCAAUAGCAUCACUUGAUACAUCCAGCAGGUUUCUGCUAUAAACUGAGGUUACUCAAAGUAGCACUGUACUCUGAACAUCACUAUUCAGAAGAGUCAUCGCACUGCUUAGAUUGCAACUCAAGUGUUGGAACUUCAUUUGCUUUUAUGAAGCCUACAAUCUAAAGUGUUCCUUAGAUGGUCACAACUUUUUUCWGUGCUCAGCUCUUACCUCUUUUCUCUCAGAUACAUUAAUGGCUUCCUUGAUAGACCAUUGUACUACMGUCAGUAAGUUAUAUUUGGCUUUGGUACAUGGAAAAUAAUUAUCUGAUACAGAAAAAUUAUACUGGUAAUUGUUUCCAGUUCUUUUCAUAAUCUUAACUAAGCCAUUCYGCAUAAUGUCAGCACAUUUUUACACAGGUAACGGUGUAGGCUUGACUAGCCAUAGAAAUGGUUCUCUUCCCUAAUGUGAAUUUUUAACUUGGGAAAUGGAAAUAAUAAAAACCAGCUAAAUCUCUACGUCACAGCUGCAAAUUAUUCUUCCAGUUCUCUCUAAAUAUCAAAAUCUGAACUGGAAAAACCUAAAGAAAGCUUAAUUUAUGUAAGCUCUAUGCAAAAAAACUCAAAAAAAAAACCCCACGCAGAAGCCAAAUUCGGUCGGGUUUAACUCUGUUUUCUUUGUAAUUUUGACAAUUUUCCAGUGACAAUCAGAUACCGGGGUUCAUGCUGUCUUCCAUUGUUCGUGUCCUCGUAAUUCUUUCUCUAACAGACUUAAAGUACACCCCUCUCCAUAGCUAAGGUGCUGGCUCUCUGAAAACUGCAUCAAUUUGUUGGUUUGCUUAUUUUUAUUUCCUUUCUCCUUUCAAUAGCUCACUUUCUCCAAGUAGCAGACGUCUCCUUAUUUCUCAUUCCUUUUCCAUUUUCUGUGUUUGCCAUUCAUCUUAUAAUCAGCAGGCUGGUAUUCUCAGGCAUAGGAGGAGGCAAAAGGCUCUACAAGCAAAUUGGAUUCUGUUUUGCUGCUGCCAAGUACACUUCCCAAAUCUAAGCAGGACCCAGAUAUAGCAAUCUCUGCCUCCAGUUCAAAGUCUGAGCAUUACAGUGAAGGGAGCAGAAUGUUAGGUAAGCCCAUAUUGAAAGACCAGAAUCAAAUGGAAAGAAAGGAGCAGACAAGGAUAUUCAACUACUGCUGAGAUUCUUCACUGCUGUUUAUUGCUCUGUGGUAUAUGAACAUGUGUAGUUUACCAAAUUCUGCCUCUGUAAAUCAAGCAGCAUGCAAAUCAGCAUUCCAUUAAGACAAAUGUAUGGAAGUGAAAAACGGGUAAUUUUUUUUUUUUUUACAAGAGGAAAAGCAGUGCAGGAAAACAGCUGAAAGCUGUGAAAUAAUUUGUUUGUUUCAAUUUAUUUUGCUAGGGCUAACUCAUUCACUGACAUGUGAGUGGAUUAGAUUCUACUUUCCAUAUAGCACAGUCUUACUGUUCAAAGUGUSUCCUGAAAUUACUAGAUAGCAUGCUGUUAAUAGAUGCCUGCUUCUAGCAUUUUAUCYAAAAAACCUUUACUUUUACAAAAAUCAUUGGAGUUCUGUUAAGUGAAAUAUUAAAAAGAAGUGUUUCACAAACUUAAGUAAUUCCUUUUUACUWACUCGUAGCAAGUAAUUAACAGAGGAGCCCCCUCCUGGUCCUAAUUUUACUAUUAUUCAGAAAUAGUAAGAAAUACCUUAAAAUUUUGGAUUAAAUACCAUCUUUGGACACAGCCUGCAAAAGUAAUAAUUUCUUACAAAGUGUCACUGACCACCUUUUCUGAAACAAUUCAGAUGAUGUGUUUGUUUAUCAGGCAACACUAAGAUAGGAACAUUAAACAAAUUCAUACCUAGAGUUUAUUCAUUCCUUUAUUUUGUCUGAAGGAGAAGACAYGUUCUUUACCCUUCAUUUCCUUUUCACUUCCAAAAUGAAAUGAAACACUUCCAAGUUAGAAUGCAUGAAUAUGCAUUUUGGUUUUGAGGGAUCUUUUAAUGUGCUUAAGCAUUGUACUAACGAGCAACCUUUUGAAGAACUGAACGCUGGAAAAAUUUCAGCAGUUUGUGUGCUUCUAAAUUAACAUUUAGGAGCAAAUUCCUUUUUAUAAUUUAUGUGAAGAACUUACAUUUUGAGCACAAAUACACCAAAACUGAAAAUUACCAUGGGACAUGUAACUUGAAGAGAUGUAUUAUCCAAAACAUUAAAUACGUUAUUUAUGCAGAAUACCACAUGAUCAAGCUAUAAAUCAAUCAGAGCCUUAAUUUCUUCAAUUUUGUUUUCUUUUACUUCACUUGUGGAAGACUUUUUGGUAGCGAAGGUUCCUGCUGCAGGAAACAGCUUUUCUUUGCUACUUUUAUUAGAACACAACCUGUCUUCAAUUUUCAAAGUAAUAUUUUUGGGAUGGGAUAUUAACAAGGCAGGCUAGCUGUUCUUCCCCUGCUAAACAAGCUGCUGUGAUAAUUACAAAAGCAUUCUACAUACCUUCAAGAUAAUGAAGACUGAGGUGUACMACUUUCACUCUUUUCUCAUCAGUCCAGCAAAGGAAAAGCAAAUUGCAGUGGUUCUAGGCCUUUCUGCAGUAUCUUGUACAACGGAUACUAUAUUUUACAUUGGAAAAUAUUAAGAAACCUGAGCCUCAGAGGAGCAUCUGUAUACUUGUGAUACUCUCACAUUAAAGGUUUGUAUUUCUUCUUAAAGGUGAGAAUCCUGCAGCUAUGAUUGUGUUUAAACCAACAAAUAAUUCUUUAGAGUGCAGGAGGGAGAACGUAAUCUAUGGCUGGAUAAAUGUUCCUCCCUCGCGCUGUGGUAUUGCACCUCUCGGAGAAGGAAUGCAGACCUCCAAGCUACAGUUCUACAGUAAAUCCACAGAAUCUGAAAAACUGGUUACUCCACCGGUAUUUCUGCUUCUUAAAUCCUAUUAUUGCUGCUAGUGCACUUCAAGGAAUGCUAAUGCAUGACUGAAUCUCAUUUGGCACUGAUUAUUCAAAAGACCGUAAAGGACGGUGUGUGCCCACCGUGCCUUCAUCAAAUACAAGUGGUGAACCMACCAGUGCCCCUUGGGACGGGCCCCAUCUCAGGAUGGCUCCCAGCAGGACGGGAAGAUGCCGCUGGGUGCUGUGUAAUGGCUGCAGCCGUAUUUAGCCCUGGAUUGGUAGGUGUAACUGUAGAUGACUCGGUGUUAGCAAUGCUUAGCUUGUUUCCUUACAACUGCUUGCCACAAUACAGUGAAAGCGUUAUACCUAAUCUGUUAUCCUCACGGAAGAUGAAAAUUCUCUUGCCAUUUCCACAAGUAUUCAGGGAAUUGUUAGAAAAAACCAGCAGUCACACUAGGUGGCAUUAUGGCAGUGUCGGUCCCUUCCGACUGAACUGAUGAGUGCAAUACAUACAGAAACAAUAUUUGUGAAGACACAUUGCGAAUCACAAAAAAUUUCUUCCACGGCAACUUCUCUAUAUUCUUACUCAAAUUUAAUAUAUUUCAUUUAUUAAAUAAAUAACUUUUGUCUACAUGCCGUUUCUACGCUGACCUGAUGUCCAAGCUGGUCCCUUUUCUUUACUGUUGGUGGUGACAGAUGCCCAAGGCCAAAGCCAKACUAUUAUUUUCAUUUACUCUGUUUCUUUUGAGUGCAGAAUUUGUUUCGGUUUCCAGCUGCCAAAAAAUUUGGACAUCACAGCAGAGGAGUAAACAGUGCAGAAGGCAGGCUCUUAUAUAAUGACACAACACAUGAACUAAUUUUGUUAGGAAUGUAAUUUGCGUUUUUAUUCCUUACAAAUAGUUCCGCAUUUCUGAGUGCUUUAAUGAAAGGGAAAAAAACUUCCUAAAUUUAGAUAUUACUGGUCUCCCAUGACCACAAGAGGUAACCUCAGACUAAUGUCUUCAUUUGCAAAUAAAUCUUCAAUAAUAACAGAGGAGAUUAGAGCAGACAAGCACUACAUUAAAUAUAUGCUGACCCUCAAAUUCCGCUUUGUGGCUUUUGAAGUUCAUUAGCCACAAAUAGAAAACCUCAUUCAAAAGUAUCAGAAAGAAAAAUAMGUAAGGAACAGAGAGCAUAUGCUACACUGUAAAGUGUCACGCCGCUCUGUUAGUCGUACUAACAGARUGCGUUCUUUCCACUCACAGUAAAUAAGGGGACAGCACAAAAAUACAGUGUUAAAAAGAUGCCAGGGAAACACUCAUCAGUGUGAUUCACUCUCAGAGGGGCUCUCCUUCUACCUGUUAGGAAAACACCAAAGGAGCUUCACUUAKAUUAAGCCAUAGCAUUGUGAACAACCCAUUACUCCAGGAUCCACUAAAAACAUUUGGGAAGCUGCUGUCAGAUUUAAUCCAACUCCACCCGCUUUCGGACACAAAAGCAUUGUAGUUCAGGACCCUGCUCRGUUGCUUUGGAAACAACGAAUUGGUUCCCCUCUUUUCUUCUGUGCCAUUGACCCAUACAAAUCACCCAAGGCAAACCCCGAUUCUCUAAAGAGAAAGUAAAAAUGUUCAAUUUUUCUGUGACAACAGGAAAUAAGUAUAUUAAAAUCAUGACCUCUGCUUUGAAAUGAAUGUUUAAAAUUCUGUUYCAUUUGAGAGACCUUUCUGAAACACUGUAAACCCAGAAUUUAUUUAAAGUAAUAUGAGUUCUAAUUACUUCAAGGGAUUUUCUAUCAGUGACAAGGAAGUUGUGAACUGAGAAAUAACCGGACAUUUAGCAGCUGGACUAUUCCUCUGUAGUUCUACCAAAGCAUGCAUGAAAGCAUUUACCUGAAGUCAAAUAAAAGCAUUUAUCUCAAGUCAAAUAAAAGCAUUUAUCUCAAGCCAAAUAAAAG